ACACACAAGGACACAGCUAUACACACCUUCCCACUCACAUAUGAACAGGAAAAAAUCAUCAGUCAUUUCCACAAUUUCUUGAUUUUUCGAUCAGUAGUAGAUCACUGGAGCAUGAGACAGAACACUAAUGUUUUUUAGGAAAUAAGUGAAGAAGAUUAUUACAAAUACCUAUCGCUUUAAGGUUCUGCAGCAGGAAGACAACAUCGUGAGUUGAUAAUUACCAUUAAUCACUGUUCCGUAAGCUGAAGAUUUAAAGAGUUUGGGAAAUCGUAAAGGACGGUCUUGGAGCAUAUCAUUUACCACUGAGCACCUGGAAGUUAUUACGCAGCAAAGAUGAAGCCAGACACCAUGACCCUGACAGCACUAAACAGCAAACAAGGGACAGUGUGUAUCUUUGGCACAGGGGACUUCGGACGAUCUUUGGGACUUCGCUUGCUUCAAGCAGGGUAUGAAGUUGUCUACGGAUCCCGAGACCCCAAAAAUUCUGCUCUGCUGCCCAAGAAGGCAAAGGUAAUGCCACAUGAGGAGGCGUCUCAGAGAGCAAGCGUGAUAUUUCUGGCUAUUCAUCGAGAGAACUAUGACUUCCUGGCCAGCCUGAGACCAGCUCUUGAAGGAAAGGUCUUGGUGGAUGUCAGUAAUAAUCUGAAGAAGCAUCAGUACACAGAAUCUAAUGCUGAGUAUCUGAGCGUUCUGGUACCUGGGGCACAUGUAGUCAAAGCCUUCAACACCAUCUCAGCCUGGGCACUGCAGUCAGGGGGGCUGGAUGCCAGCAGACAGGUAUUGAUUUGUGGAAAUCAUGUGGAUGCCAAGCAGACAGUAGUGGACAUAUCCCACAGUUUGGGUCUUACUGCCGUGGACCGAGGCUCCCUUAGAGUGGCGUCUGAACUGGAGGAUCUCCCACUUCAACUCUUCCCACUUUGGAGGCUUCCUUUACGUAUCAGUGCUGGACUCCUUUGUGCCUUCUACCUUUAUGUUGUCAUUCGGGAUGUUGUCUAUGCACGGGUUGUUGACAACAAAGACAAUUCCUUUCGCAUCUUGAUCUCACUGGCUAAUAAGGUGUUUCCUUCGGUCUCGUUGGUGAUGCUGGCACUGUGCUAUCUACCUGGUAUUAUUGCUGCUUUCGUGCAGCUCUACAAUGGCACUAAAUAUCGCCGUUUUCCUGACUGGCUGGAUCGCUGGAUGUUGUGCAGGAAGCAGCUGGGUUUGCUGGCACUGGCUUUUGCUUUUCUGCACGUGCUGUACACAUUGGUGAUCCCUAUCAGAUACUUCGUUUUCUAUAAAAGGGCCAACACUUAUAUAUCACUGAUUAAAGAGAAUAAAACAUACGAGUUCAUCGAUAAGUGGGCCUGGCGCUCCGACUCCUACUUGUCCAUGGGAAUAUUGGGAUUUGCCUUGUUUGUUUUACUGGGAAUCACAUCACUCCCAUCUGUCAGCAACUCUCUCAACUGGAGAGAAUUCAGGUUUAUACAGUCUAAACUAGGCUAUUUGACGGUGCUGCUGUGCACUGCUCACGCCUUCCUGUAUGGAUGGGAUAAGUUCCUGCAACCCUCAGGCUACAAAUGGUGGAUGCCCUCAAGCUAUAUGUUGGCUCUGGUUGUUCCCUGUGUGGUUUUGGUUUUAAAAGCAAUCUUAAUUUUGCCAUGCAUGGACCGUACUAUCACUCGCAUACGCCAAGGAAGGGAGAGACCGGGCAAAGCUGGAAUGCACAAAAAUGCAAAAAGCAACCAGCCACUCAUUCUAUAAACAAUGGUUCAUGUGCUUUAUGGCAUGAGUUGCCGAGAUGCAGAAGCUUGACAAGGCAUUAGUAUUCUUGUUGUGGAGUCUCUACCAGCUAUAACCCAUAGUGAUAAAGAGAAGGUGCUCAUGUAUCCAUACAUAAUGCUCAAGUACAGUUUACUCACGUAUAUAAUUAAGCAAAAAUAUGAAUAGCUGAGGCACACAUCCGUUUCAAGGUUGUUGAUUUGCUUGCACAAGUUAUAACUGCAGUCUAAGAUUAAGAUUAUUUUCUAAUUCUUUUUAUACCACAGCGAUUAUAGAGUGAUGCUGUACUGUUUAUCCGUUAUAGCUAUGUUUACUAUCAUGGAAUAUCUACAAAACAAGCUAGUUCCUGUUGUCAAUGACAUUAUAAUAUUACACAUGCUAGCUUCUCUUUAUUUCUCUUAGUUACUAUGACAAAAAGAAAGAAAAAAGAAAGAAAAAGAAAACACGCACACAUAUUUUUAUUAAGCACUGACACAGGAGACUCAUUCCAAAAUUGCUAAAUGAACAUAUUAAUGUCUACCAUAGAAGCUAUAGCAUAUUAGACCAGGUGUAUUAAUAUAAUUCCUUUAUCCAUAAAUAUUUCGGAACAAUCAGAGCUGUGAUAUAGGGUAUUUUAUCUUGAUUAAAACAUCAGUGGCUCAAUUCCAUUCAUUUACAUUCAGCUGCCUAGAAAAAACUCAGUUUGGUGAGCAGUAAACAUUUGUUCUCUGUAGUUUUUUUUUUCAAUUCCCAGUGUUCCAAAGCUAUUUUUCCACAAAGUUCUCCCAGCGGCUCUUCCUCUUAAACUAGUAUUGACCCAAAUGUGGACAGUCACUUCCUGUGUUGUGUCUUGAAGUUUCUUUCUGGCUAUAGAGAGACUUUCUCCUUUCACAUUUCUGUAAAUAAAUCUGUCCAUAUUAUGUACAUGGCUAAAUCCAUGUCAGUCUAAAUCAAUCUAAAUUAAAUGUUAUCAAAACAUUCCAACUUUGUACUAAGGAUUCUUAUUAAGCAAGUGUAGCAAGCACUGUACUUAGUACUUAGAAAUGUAUUCAGCUAAAAAAAAAUGCUGAAAUUGGAUUACAAAUAGUGCUGAGUGCUAGCUCAGCUAGCUUAGCUACAGUAACAAGCUAACACAUUUUUAAAAGCUCUACAAUUGAACUUGUUUAAAAUGUCGUCACUUAUACUUCAAAAUGAUUUCAAACAAGAUCAUUUCUUCUUGCUGAAUAAAUUGUAAAACAAAUUCUUUAAAGAAUUCCUGCAUAUUAUCACAAUUUAUGAUGCAUUCAUUAAUUAUUACAGUUUUUUUCAAUCGUUAGCAAGCGCUUACCUAUACUUAAGAUAAUUUUUCUAAACUCUUAACACAGACUUACACCUACAAAACACAAUUGGCCAAAUUGAUCAUUUUCCUCUCAAAAACACAUUUUGUUAAAUAUAUACUAACUCUCCAUUUCAAAACAGAACACA